GCGCGCGACGUGGUACAGACGUCUGUUAGUGAACCGCGUAGAAACUGCCGCGUGUAAUAAACCACCCAAUAAGAUAUAUACCUAUAAAAUUUAGCUGUAUUAUAUCAAUGUUCAGUGAGUGUCAAUUGUGUGAGUGCAUUUGUUUCCGCGACUGAAAAUAAGGAGAUGGUGCGUUGCUAAACAAGGGGUGCCUUGUGAAGUUCAGGCGAGUGGUACUGAAGGAGGCCCUGCACGAUGACUAAGAAGUUUGAGUUUAACUGGCAGAUACCUGUCCCGGAACCACUUCUGCAGGGUGCGACCUUCGACCGCUGGACGGAGGAGAAAGACAACACGGAGCUGGAGUUGAACUGUCUGUUCAAGGUCGACGAGUACGGCUUCUUCAUCUACUGGAAGAGCGAGGGAAAGGAUGGAGACGUCAUCGAAUUGUGCCAAGUCAGCGACGUGCGGUCGGGGGGUGUGCCGAAGGAUACAAAACUGAACGACAAACUGGAAAAGAAACACGGGAAAGAUCUAGAAGAAAAAUCAUUGACGAUAUGCAGCGGUACAGACUACAUCAACAUAAACUACCAGCACGUGGUCUGCCCGGACGCCAACACUGCCACGGUGUGGAAGGAGUCGCUCCGGGCUAUCACACAUAACAACAAAAUCAGCAAUGUCUGCCCCAGGACCACCCUCAUGAAACAUUGGAUGCGCUUAUCAUUCCUAACGGACCCAAAAGGCAAGGUGCCAGUUAAGGUGGUCGCCAGAACAUUCGCCUCGGGUAAAACUGAGAAGCUGGUGUACCAGUGCCUGUCAGAUUUGGGCCUGCCUUCGGGGAAGAACGAAGCCAUGGAGAAAGAGGCCUUCACUUUCGACAAGUUUUACGCUUUGUAUCACAAGAUCUGUCCAAGGAAUGACAUUGAGGAAUUGUUUAGAUCUAUAACGCAAGGCAAAUCAGACCGCAUCAACUUGGAGCAGUUCGUGAACUUCCUGAACGAGAAACAGCGGGACCCGCGCCUUAACGAGAUCCUCUACCCCUUGUAUGACGACAAGCGCGCCAUCGAGAUCAUCACAGACUACGAACAGGAGGAAGAGGCUAAAGCUGCCAAAUGUCUGACAAAAGACGGACUCAUCCGUUACCUAAUGUCAGACGAGAACGCGCCCGUGUUUCUCGACCGGCUGGACUUCUACAUGGAGAUGGAUCAGCCGCUCUCCCACUACUACAUCAAUUCUUCACACAACACCUACCUGUCGGGGAGGCAGUUUGGCGGAAAGAGCUCAGUCGAGAUGUACCGACAAGUUUUACUUGCCGGAUGCAGAUGUGUCGAGCUGGAUUGCUGGGACGGCAAAGGGGAAGACGAAGAACCCAUCAUCACCCACGGCAUGGCUAUGUGCACGGACAUACUGUUCAAGGACGUCAUCUACGCGCUCAGGGACACCGCCUUCGUGACGUCAGACUACCCUGUCAUACUGUCGUUCGAGAACCACUGCUGCAAAGCGCAGCAGUACAAGCUGGCCAAGUAUUGCGACGAGAUUCUUGGGGAUCUGCUGCAGAAGGAACCAUUGCCGGAUUAUCCUAAAAACCGUUGCUUCCAGCUGGAGCCCGGCCAAGCGCUGCCUCCGCCGUCGCUUCUCAAGCGCAAGAUCAUGAUCAAGAACAAGAGACUCAAGCCUGAGGUGGAGAAGCAGGAGUUAGAGCUGUUCCGGCAGGGACAGUUCGUCAUUGAGGACGAGGUCAAGGAAGAUGCUUCGGCUGUCGUCAUCCCGGAAAAAAAGCCGGAGGAAAUAGUGGCGGAAGCGGCGGCGGGCGGUGAUGACGUGCCCCCGCCGGUCCAGUACACGGGCUCCACCACCAACGUGCACCCGUGGCUGUCAUCCAUGGUCAACUACGCGCAGCCAAUCAAGUUCGUCAGCUUCGAGGAGGCGGAAAAGAAGAACAUCCACCACAACAUGUCUUCGUUUGCGGAGACCACGGGCAUGAACUACCUGAAGUCCCAGGCCAUCGACUUCGUGAACUACAACAAGCGGCAGAUGUCUCGGAUCUACCCCAAGGGCACGAGGGCUGACUCUUCCAACUAUAUGCCACAGGUGUUCUGGAACGCGGGCUGCCAGAUGGUGUCCCUGAACUUCCAGACGUCCGACCUGCCGAUGCAGCUGAACCAGGGCAAGUUCGAGUACAACGGCAACUGCGGCUACCUGCUCAAGCCGGACUUCAUGCGGCGCGCCGACCGCAGCUUCGACCCCUUCGCAGACGCGCCCGUGGACGGCGUCAUCGCGGCUCAGUGCGCCGUACAGGUGAUCGCCGGGCAGUUCUUAUCAGACAAGAAGGUCGGUACGUACGUUGAAGUGGACAUGUACGGGUUGCCGACCGACACCAUCCGCAAGGAGUUCCGUACACGCAUGGUGCCCGCCAACGGAUUGAACCCAGUUUAUAAUGAGGAACCAUUCCUUUUCCGAAAGGUCGUAUUACCAGAUCUGGCUGUACUACGUUUCGGCGUGUACGACGAGAGCGGCAAACUCCUCGGGCAGCGAAUCCUGCCUCUGGAUGGUUUGCAAGCUGGCUACCGGCACAUUUCUCUGAGGACUGAGGCGAACUUCCCCAUGUCCCUGCCGAUGCUGUUCUGUAAUAUUGAGCUGAAGAUCUACGUGCCUGAUGGCUUCGAAGACUUCAUGGCCGCCCUGUCGGACCCUCGAGCGUUCAUGGGAGCGGCCAAAGAGCGUACAGACAACAUGAAACAAAUGGGCAUAGAGGAGAGUGGGCCGGACAAGAAAGCCCCGGUCGAGGAGAAGAAAGAAGAGCCUCUCGUCUUCGAGCCGAUCACAGUGGAGUCUCUAAGGCAGGAGAAAGGCUUCCUGAAGACUGGCAAGAAGCAGCAAAAAGACUUGGAUGUGAUGAAGAAACGUCACGCCAAAGAGAAGAUGACGCUGCAGAAACAACAGUGCGCCGCUUUAGAGAAAAUGAUUAAGGGGAAAAACAAGGAGCAGUUAAGCGGCGACGCGGCGUUCCGCUCUCUGGUAGGCGAGCAGGCGGGCGCGUGGGGCGAGCUCGUGCGCAAACAGCGUGCGGAGUUGUGCGCGUCCGCACGCACAAGGCUCCACGAGCAGCGAGACAUGCUCAAGAAGUUCUGCGAGCAGGCGCAACUGGCUCAAAUGAAGCAGCUAGAGGCCAAGCACGAGAGGGAACUGAAAGAGAUGAACACCCGGCAAGCCAAGAUCAGCGUGGAGACCAGCAAGGAGGUCGCGAACGAUAAGACGCUGAAGACCAAGCAGGAGAAAGACCGGCGGCUGCGUGAGAAAAAGCAGAACAACACCAAGAAGUUUAUGGACGAACGCAAAACACAAACCAUUAAGCAGAAUCGCGAAAAGGACAAACUGAAGGCAACCCACGAUAAACAGAUGGAGGAGUUGUCCAAGGACAUUGACAACCUGAUCGAGAUGUACAAAAUGGAGGAAUCAGAGUUUGAGAUGGCGAGCAAAACAGAAUUCUUUGCAUGAAAAUACCCGGACAUUGCUCCGUUGCUCGAGCAAUUGACUUUAAAUUAAUGACAGUGAAGUGAUCUCUUUAAUAUUACAACUGUAACUCUACUGUAAAUUUACGUAACUUAGUAAGUAGGUAAAUCUUAUUUAUUUGUAUGGAAAUUUAUUUUUAAAUGCCUACUUUUGGUAUCCAUCUCUUAAACUAUAAAAGGUUUUACGAGUGCCAAAGUCGAUGAGGUUAAAUUAUUAUUGGUAAAGUUUUAAAAAUAACUUUUGCCUUAAAAUACAUAUUCUAAACUCGACGAACAUUCUUUUUUGUAAAAAAUUUAACAUAUAUUUUUGUAAUCUAAUCAUUAAGGUAUUUCAUUUGAUACCAGACUUAAUACAUUUUUCUCAUGUAGAUUUUCUAUCAUUUGCAUAUUUUUGCAUACAUACAAACAUAGACUGUAACAUAAGUACAGUAUAACCCUUGAUUUGCCGUAGUUGUAAGAACACUAUUCUGUCGAAACAAUAUUAUGUUUUUUAAAUGAAAUAAUCCUUAA